AUGUGGAGUCAGCCGAGGAAGGCGGUAUUUGGGGUGAAUGUUGCCUUCUUUGCGCUCACAUGGAUUACUGUCAGCUUGAGGGUGGUGGUGCGGGUUGGUAUGCUCCGGGCAUUUGGGUCUGAUGACUGGACAAUGCUGGCUGCUCUGCUCUUCUUCACGGCAUAUCUCAUUGCACAAUUGGGAGGCGUCAUAUACGGCACAGGCGAACAUCUGGAUACCCUCAUUCCAUGGCGUGCGGAGAGGGCACUACACUUCUGGUACUUUUGCGAGUUAUUCUACGUUCUUUCCACUUGCAUUCUCAAGAUAUCAGUCUGCCUCUUCCUCCUCCGAGUCGCAACGAAACCCAUCCACGUCUGGAUCAUCCGAAUCCUAAUGAUCCUCUCCGCCAUCCUCGGCUUCACCUUCUCCUUUGUCAUAAUCUUCCAAUGCUGGCCAAUAUCAGACUGGUGGGGCUUGGACCCGACUCAAAAACGUUGUAUCAAUCCGACCGUCGUCAUCGGUUUGACUUAUGCCGUCUCGGGACUCAAUGUCAUGGCGGACUGGUCCCUUGGCAUCUUACCCGUCUUUGUGGUUAAAGACUUGCAGAUGAGUCGAAGACAGAAGAAGUUGGUUACGUGCAUUCUUGCUUUCGCGGCGAUUGGAUCUACGGCGACGAUUGUGCGAUUGCCUUAUGUUGGAUCUUUGGAGGAGAGCUUMGAUGGGUCGGAUGGUGAUUUUCUAUACAGCACAGUCGGCGUAGCAAUCUGGACAACAGUCGAAGUAGGCGUCGGCAUCUCCGCCGCAUCCCUCGCAACCCURCGCCCCUUGAUCCGCCUAGCCUUUACGAAAUUCGGCAUCGGCAGCAGCGGCAACACCCAUCAGCAAGAAAUCGAAACGCCCAAAAACCGCUGGAAUUCCGCCAAACAUCGUCCAGAUCCCGAAGAAUUCAACCUCAGCAUGUCGGGGCAUCAAGCCCGCACCACGACGACCGUGACGGGGAAUUGGAAUGAAAUGCGAUCUUCGUCGAAUCGUUCGGGGAGUAGUUCGCAGGAACAUUUGGCGCUGCCGCCGGGGAAGAUUACGACGGGGAGAUUCACUACUGUGGAGUAUCAUGGGCCGGAUAUGGGGGAGGAUGAUGAUGAUGAUGAUGUUGAUGUUGGGAUUGUUGAUUCUAGGCCGAGUUGUAGUUCUUUGCCUGCGAGACGGAAGUCGGCGCCAUAUUUUAGACGAUAG